GCGCGUGCGGCGCGUGCGAGAUGUGCCUUUUCCGGAACCGUUUGGAGAUAGCAAGUGCCCCCAAUCCCGUGCUGGUAUCUUUUCUGUGCCCAUGCUUGAACGAGUUCGAGUGCCAGUGCGGCGCCGCCGUGGGAGAUUUCAGCAUUCUGAGUCGCAGAGACAUCAUCCAUUCGGCUUUAUCAUGCCCUAACUACCAGGAGUUCAUCGCGACGCACGGCGCGCCUAUCGUGUUUGAUCUGCCAGCUCUUCCUGAAUCCGGUGGCAACGCUCGCGGCGAUUUGGGCCAGAAUCGCGAGAUAGUGAACGACGCGCAGAGCGAGCGCAUCGCUGCGAUCUUCCAGCAGAACGACCCCGACUCCCUGGAGCAGCGCCAGACGGUCGAGACCAUUCCGCAGGGUACUCGCACGCAGGCUGCCCGUGUCCUGGCGUUCCAGGACGUGGGGCGCGCGGCGCAGGAGUACGAGUUGGUCAAGAGGAACCACCUCGACGCAGAGCGGCAGUGCCAGCAGCAGGGGAUCGUGUUCAUCCCCCUCGUGGCGGAGCCCUCUGGAGGAUGGGGCCCGACUUGCGCCGACACUCUGCGCCGGCUAGCCCGGUCCAGUGAUCGGGGGCGAGGCGAGGAGCUGGGGGCGGGCGUGGCGCGUCUGUUCCAGCGCAUGUCCGUGGCGAUCCGCCAGGCGACGGCGCGAGCAGUCCCGAGCAGGCGCGUGGAGCUCCCUUCGGCUGGCGGAGCAGUGGCUGCCGCGCCAGGCUUGCUAGCGGAAUUGGGGUAG